UAUUGGCGUUUGCUUUCCAGACUUCGUGGGGGCUUCAAAAAUCCGCCUGGACUGCAGGGCGGGCGAGAGAGGACGAAGUGCUCGCUCGCUCGCUCGCUCGCUCUCGGCCAGAGCCCACCAGCAGUUCUCCUCACAGCGGAGCGUCAGCCGGAGUUUCGCAGCUGAGGGAAAAGCCGCCGCCGCCGCCUUUUGAAUUCAGCGUCAAGGGGAACGGGGCAACUCUCCUAACGGGUCCGCCUCUCUCCAGCGCGGCUGCCGGGCUGCGCUUCUGCCAGAGAUGCUGCUAGGCUAGAGGCGGCGGAGGCAGCAGCUCUCCGCCAGGGGCUCCCCAGAAGUUAGCCGGUGCCUCGCUCGUCCCACCGCGGUUCCUGCCGCCUCCUAUGGGGGUCUCUCCCGGCGCCUUUCUGCAGGGUUGAGCGCCGCAGCGAGGAAGUCACACCUGCCCAUGGAGCUGCUGAACGGGCCCGGCGGUGUAUAGCUGGAGCGGCGCGGGAGCCCGGGUCAGCCCCUCCGUCGUUACCAUUGCACCCUCGGCUGCCGCCCAGCCCUGCAACAUGCUACCUGCCUCGGCGACGACGAGACCCUUCGCUCCUGCUUCAGGGCUCCUUCCUUUCCUUGCCACCCUUCUGAUGAGACUGCCCGGAGGCAAGCGUUGGGGCCACUUGCAAGUGCAACCCUCCUCCUCCUCCUAAGCCUCUCUCAUCUUAAAAGAAGAUCGCGAGCCAAUAGCCGAGGCAGGUAUUUCUGCUGCUCUUCCUUCUUCCCCUUCCCCCCACUUCUCCCCUCCCCAAAAGGACAAGAGACGUGAACUUUCCCGGGGUUACUAUGCAAUUGCGACUGGUUUCUUGGUUCUUUAUCAUUUUGAACUUGAUGGAAUACGUUGGCAGCCAGCAUCCUUCCAGAGUCCGGCGACAGGGAAGAAUGAAUCCCAGUGUGAGCCAACCUUGCCCAGGAGGAUGUGCAACAUGUUCUGAAUACAAUGGAUGUGUGACAUGUAAACCCCGAUUCUUUUUUUUUCUGGAGAGGAUUGGCAUAAGACAGACUGGAGUGUGUCUUACUUCCUGUCCCAGUGGCUAUUAUGGAAAACGAUUCCCUGAACCAAAUGCAUGUACAAAAUGUAAAGCUGACUGUGAGGCCUGCUUUAACAAUAAUUUCUGCACAAAGUGUAAAAAUGGGUUUUACUUACAUCUUGGAAAGUGCCUUGAAAACUGCCCAGAAUGGUUGGAACCCAACAAUUACACAAUGGAGUGCAAUGAUAUUGUGCAUUGUAAAACUAGUGAAUGGAGCCCCUGGGGCCUUUGCACAAAGAAAGGGAAAACAUGUGGUUUCAAAAGAGGGAAUGAAACAAGGAUCAGAGAAGUCCUACAACUUCCUUCUACAAAGGGUAGCCCAUGCCCACAUACAAGUGAGACAAGAAAAUGUGUUGUACAAAGAAAGAAAUGCCAGAAAGGAGAAAAAGGAAGAAGAAACAGAGAAGAAAGAAGAAAAAAUCUAAAGAGAGAGGAAAGCAAGGAAAUCAGACUUGAAAACAGAGGUGAAGAAUCCAGAAGACAAAACCAAGAACAGCGGGAAAACAAAAGUAAAAUGCAGAUGAAGAAAAGAAGAGCGCAGGAUAAACAGCAAAAGCUGCACACAAUCACCAUCAGCACUGUACACUAAUUGCCUUACACCACUGUUCAAAACUUUUGCUGCUGCUAUUUCCACCAGAUCCCCGGGGCCGGUAUUCCCCAUUUAAGCCACAAAUGAACAAUAUUAUCUGUUACACCUAAAUCUUAAACAACAUUCCAAAUAGGUUCUAUUAUAUUCUUCAUGCAGUCACAGUUUAGUCAACAGACUGACAUGAGCCAAGGGUUUUUUAAACUUUAAAUGGGAUAUUUUCAACUGUUAUAUUAUAUGCUUCCAUGCAUCUCUAAGAGGCAAUUUAAAAGUUUUGUAUAUAAUUAUCAAUAUGGUAUAAGGUAUAGCAAUAUAUUGAAUAUCUGUACAGGAAAAGCUGUCUUUUCCUUUGUAAAGUAUUUUGAUCUAUUGUUUAUGAAACAAAAGACAUCUAAGUCAGUGGCACAUAAGGUUACCAGUCCCGCAGUGGGAGUGGGGGAUCCUCCACUCCUAGCCUCUGCCCCUCACCACCACUCACCUAGCUGGUGAGGGGGAAAGCAUGGGGAAUGGGCCCAAGAGCUCCGGAGUGUGCUCCUGCGUGCUCCAGAGGUCUUCUUUGUUGCACCAGGAAUGACAUCAUUCCUGGCAUGACAAGGAAGGGAAGGCCCCUGGGGGGGGGCUGAUUUGAUGUAAGUACCCCCUGAAUGUCCCCAUGCCCCCCAUCCCCUAGAUUGGGCUCCAGGGGACCUGGCAACCACAGUGGCACAAUAUCUCUAUGUGCAUAAUUGUUCAUGCUACAUAAAUUGUAAGAGAAGGGAGAAAUCUCAGAAAGGGCAGUGGGAAUCUGUUUUAUACUCAUAUCCUAUCAGAACAUUCUAACCAAUGGUUCCAGGGAUUCAUGUAAGAAACUCCAGACUGGAGGGGGCUAGAGGAGUUCUGAAAGCAAACACUGUGGUGGGGAGGGGGAGGGGGGAAAUGAAGCAAAAGUAAACACAUUGGAAGCUCUUCUUCUGAAGGACGAUGGCGCUAAGCUGUGCAGUGUUCUUAUCUGCAGGACAGCACAAUAUUUUCAGGUCUGAACCUUGAUCAUACAACAUGUGCUGUUCUAGCUUUUUCUAACUGUGUAACUUAAAUCUACAUUUCCAAACUUCCUGUGGCUGACAAAUCAUAUUUGUAGGAAAACAAAAGCUGAGUUAAUAAAGAACAGCGAAAACAGACCACAAAAAUACACUGCCAUUUGCACUAUUGAUGUUUUUCUUUUCUCUUUUAAAUACAACCACACAACCUACUUUGU